AUGGAGUUUCUCAACCUCUUCCAAUUUACCUUGCUUUUCUCAGCCCUGAUCUUUGGCCUCCGCUUAUUUCGCCGGAGAAAACUCCCCCCAGGACCCAUUGGCCUCCCUCGGGUCGGAAACCUCUUUGAAAUUGGUACAAAGCCACACCAAUCACUAGCAAAUUUGGCCAAGAAGUACGGUCCUCUCAUGACAGUUCGUCUCGGCAGCAAAACCCUGGUCGUAGCUUCGUCCCCGGAAAUGGCUCAGCAAGUCUUGCAAAAGCACGACGAGGCCUUCUCGGGUCGGGUCAUGUCUGACACCAUCACCAAAGUCCAAAACUACGACCUGAGCCUGGUCUGGAUGCCCGCUGGAGAUCAGUCACGCUUAAUCCGGCGAGAUCUCUCAGCACUUUUUUGCUGCACCAAAAGAAGCUGGACACUCUAG